AUGGCUACUGUUGAGACGAUCUCGGAUGCUAGUAUGGCGGAGAAGGCUCAUACCAGUGAGUAUGAAGGGGGUAGCCGCGACGGACUUAACAUUGAUGGCGGAAUCAAUCAUCAUGCCUGGGAUAAUCACACAUCGUUCAACAAGUACCCAACACACGAGGAAGGCUACGAGAACAAACUUACCUUCGGUUUCUUCAUGACUAUGCUGGGUUUCAGCUUGUCGUUCGUUAUCGCAGAAGUCGUACCGCUAUUCCUAAUUACGCUCUUCACGGUCAUGGCCUACGAUGUCGGAGCUGGAGACAAGGCCAUCUGGCUAAUCGUCACUCAAUUUAUCGCCAUUGGUUCUAUCGUACCUUUCGUCGGUCCCCUUGUCGAUCUAAUCGGUCGUAAAGGCAUCACUCUACUCAGUCUCUGCUUGGUCGUGGUCUCCAUGAUCCUCCUAGGCACAACUCCCAAUAUCGCCGGUCUGAUCGCAGCUAUGGCCAUUUCAGGAGUCAGCAUCGGCAUCCAACUUCUUACCUCGAUCGCCGCGGUUACGGAACUGGUCCCGGUAUAUAAGCGUGGGAUUACAAUCGGCUAUGUGGUUAUAGGUUUCUUGCCUUUCGCACCUGCAUCUCUAUAUGGCCAGCUUCUUGCCGAGCACAGUUGGCGUUACGUCGGCUUGGUGGUUGGCGUCCUUGCUCUCGUGGCGUUUUUCAUCCUCCUUGUUUUCUACAAGCCCCCGCAACGACCCAACUCUAUUGGCCUGUCCAAGGUGCAAGUUCUCGGACGUAUAGACUUUAUCGGUGCGAUUCUCGGCAUUGGAGGCAUUACGGUGUUCUUGGUAGGGCUUAAUUGGGGUGGUCAGGAUUACGCAUGGCACUCUACACAUGUCAUCUCCUGCUUGACAGUUGGGCUAGCCUCCGUGCUUGCUUUUAUCAUCUGGGAGAAAUUCGGUGCCAAGUAUCCCAUGUUCCCGUGGGAAUUGGUCAAGCACAAGCGUCUUUUCUUCGCCAUCUGUACGCUGUGUCUUACAUCCGGUAUCAACUACAUCCCAGUUGUCGUGUUCUGGACUAUUCAGGUUUAUACCGUCUACGGAGCUUCUUAUCGACAGGCUGGUAUUUACCUACUACCUAUCGGAUUUUGUAUCGCUGGAGGUGCUGUCCUUAGCGCCAUCAUGAUGACUAUUUUCAAGAAGAAAAUCCAGUUUGUACUAAUGUUCUUCUGCAUUGUCCAAACAGCUGGUCUCGGCUCCAUGGCAGCCAUCGACCCCGAAAAUAUCAAUACAGCCUGGGCGCCCCUGGUCCUCGGUCUAAUCGGCGUUGGCGGCGUCCUUCUCCCCAGCCAAAUAGUAUUCUCCAUCAUCAGCCCACACGAUCUAAUUGGCACCUCCGUAUCCCUCUCCAUCGUCAUCCGCGCCAUCGGGCAAGUUAUAGGUGUCUCUAUGUACUACAAUGUUUUCAAGACCCACCUCACGCGCCGCGCCGUAAACCCAGCCGUUAUCGCCUUCCCAGCUAUCGAAAACGGCCUCGCUUUCACGAGUCUCGACCCCGCGGCCCUCACACCUAAUAUCACCGCGCUUGUUACGUCCCUGGCUGCGGGCCCGUUUAGCGCGUACGCGCAUCUGUUCCCGAAUAUCGAUAGUCCCGAGCAGAUUGCGGCGGUUCAGCAGGCGGCGCAUGAGCUUUAUAAGCCGAUUUUUCCUAUGCUAUAUUUUAUCUCUAUUGCGUGGGGUGGUGCGGCGGUUGUGGCGUGCUUUUUUCUCGUUGGAAUCGGCGAGUUUAUUAAUGAUCGCGUGGCUGUUGUGUUGUAA